CUUCUACCCCCGAUCAGUGUGGCUGCGAUAAUCUUUGCCCGAUGUUACCCCGUCACUUCCUUUUGCACGCCAAGUCUUUGCCCGGGCCUGCCCUGAGGACUUGCUCUCAGGUACAUUAAAAAAGAAUAUAUAUAUAUAUUAUUAGAUUCUUAAGAUCGCUUUGCUUUGACUUUGGCUUGCCACAUGCCACCUAAGCUCCAGCAUGGCUAGCCAGCAACAGCCGUUGAGAGCAAGGGUGUGCGCACACACUUUGGAGCCUUUAUGACUUCUCGUUCGCUUGAGCGUUGUUGGGCCUCAGGUCGGCUCAGGUUGUUAGUCAGGUGAGUCAGGUGUAGCAGAAAACAGGUUCGACUCCCAGGCCAUGGCACAUGUGGCCCGGGAGAUGUUGAAGAAGGAGUUGUGUCAAUUGAUGAAGGAUGAAAGCAGCGGCUUCUCUGUGGGUCUGGAUGAUGAUUCGGAGCGUUGGUUGGUCGGUCCUUCUGCUUGAAGGGUUUGCCCCUAGAAAUGGCUGUAGAGUCAUUGGAGUUUGUUCAUGUUUUUUGCUUCGCUGCAACUUUGACACGGCAGAUUUGCAGGACUUUUUCAAGUGGCGCGUUGUUUUUGAAGGACCUCAGGAUAGCUUGUACGAAGGUGGCAUCUUCAGUGCAGUGCUGAACUUCCCGGCAGACUUUCCAAACAAUCCUCCAGAGAUGAAGUUUGAGACGGAGAUGUGGCACCCGAACAUUUACCCGGAUGGGCGUGUGUGCAUCUCGAUCCUCCACCCUCCUGGCACUGACCGCUUCAAUGACCAGGAGACCGCUGACGAGCGGUGGCGGCCUAUCUUGGGUGUUCACAGCAUUUUGAUCAGUGUGAUCUCAAUGCUUCUCGAUCCGAAUUUGAACUCUCCUGCCAACAUCGAUGCUGCGGUGCAUCUGAAAAAUGAUCCAGAGGGAUGGAAAAAGAAGGUGCGCCAGCUGACGCGAAAGAGCGUCGAAGGUUGAAGAAAAUUCAUUGACUUUGGCUUUGUGUUGCUUUUAAGCACGAGGGUGUGACCUUUUAGGUUCAAUUCGCGCAAGUUUCAGUGUUUAGCUCCGCUUCGAAGCGCCAAAUAGGUGCGCCGUGAGGGCAGAAACACACUUGGAAAGUCCGCGUUCUUGUCUUACAGACACUUUAGUUGAGUAAAUUGGCCUAAGCAGUGGUAAGCAGGCGUUUGCCCAUGGGAUGCUGCAAUAGAGAUGUAGUGAAGCUUGAGAUAAGGUUAGACAUGCCAUCAAGCUGUCGUUGA